UCUAAUUGUUUAGGAAUAUUCAACUGUUAUUGUUGCUAGUAACUAAGAAUUGGUCAUUCAUCUGUUCUUUUAUGUGCGUAGAAAGUCGUUGGAUAUGGAAGUGACUCAUCAUGAGUUAGCUUAUCCUCUGCUUAAUACACGUAUAACACAUAUAAAUCUAACAUGCAUAUGUAUUAUAAAUCUAAACAAGCUAAGAAAUAGGAAGUCCGAAAUAUACGAUGUUUUUCUGGGUUUUUUUAAAAGGAUUUUGAUAUUUUUUCAAGCCUUGUUAUGCCAGUUUUGUAAUGGCGCCGUUCCGGUUACAGUGUUUUCUUGGCAAGCAAAUAUCAAACUUGUUUAAUUUGCCAAGAAAACAUCAAAUAUUUUGGAGCAAAAUCUAGAAGUAAACGUCGCAUUUAACAAAUCAGCAUGGCAGAAAUACCCCGCAAACAACAUGGAGAAGUUUGGAGCAGAGCGGGCCGUGGACGGACUGUAUUCAGAACUAUCUCUCUAUGGAGGACAGUGUACAAUGUCAGAAUAUGGGCAUUCAACUGCCACAUGGCAUGUUGACUUGGGAAAAGUUCACAAGAUAGCUCACAUUGUAAUGUAUUUUCCUUAUGAAAGUCUUCCGCAAGACAGAUUUAAUGGUUUCGCUGAUAGAUUUUUAGGAUUUUCGGUUCAUAUAUCGAAUACAACCGACAAAGAAGACGGAGAGUUAUGUUUCGUGGACACCAACUACACCAUGGACACACUUCCUAAUCCAAUAAACAUAACCACUCAAAUAAGUGGAAGAUACGUCAUCUACUACAACAACAGAACACACCCUCCAUUUCCUUCUGACUAUCAUCCGUUUGCUUUCAGCGAUCUUUGUGAAAUUCAAGUGUAUGAGUGUAAAUUUGGGUGGUUUGGACCACACUGUGAGAAUAGAUGUAGUGAAAACUGUAAAGUUCCUGGGAAAUGUGACUGGAUAACGGGAUUGUGUGAAGGAGGGUGCCAGGCUGGAUGGGAAACCCCUGAAUGUGAUAAAAAGUGUGAUGACGGGAAGUAUGGUCUUGGAUGUACUGAAUUCUGUGGCAACUGCAGCCUGAUUGAAAUAGAGGAGGUUGAAUAUGGGAAAUGCCACCAUGUUGACGGUUUCUGUAAAUAUGGAUGCAAUCCAGGAUACUAUGGAGAUCGCUGUUUGCAACCAUGUGAACCAAGAAGAUAUGGUAUAGGUUGUUACCAGAGAUGUAGCCCGUUUUGUAACACUCCAAAGUGUGAUUUUAUAAGCGGUGCGUGCGUAGACGGGUGCAAAACUGACUGGGAAGGAAUGCAGUGCCUAGAAUUACAUGAUGAGAAUCGUCUGCCUGAAGACUUAUCCACGUACCUAUACGUCAUUGAUGGAAUGAUAAUUGCUGUAGUAAUUAACAGCAUGGUUUUAGUCGUUUACAUCAUAUUUCUGAGGAGAAAAAGGGUGCAAAAAAUGAAAAAUAAAGAACAUGGUCUCAAUGACGUUGCAUUCACAAUAGAUCAAAACAGAUGCAUAUCAGUUAUAACUCACAAGGGAAAUCAAUAUCAAGAACUAUAGAAAGUUGAUUCUCAAACCGAUAUGUGAGAAUUUUCUUGGCUUAAAUCGGACGGAAAAGAAGAGGAAUCACUUUUUGCGCUGAAAACAAGACAUAUUUUACCUAUGUAUCUUUCACUUAUUUUGAAUAAGAUGUUAAGUAUCAAUGAUUAAUUCUCGUCAUCAAAAAAAAAACUACAAAUAUUAUACAACAUAACACAAAAUAUAUUGCGGGAUCUUUCAAAAAGAAAAUCCUGCUUAGCUUCUUUUUUUUAUCAUUAAAUAUCAUAGUUAUUCAUUUUUGACUUUGUGUAAUUUAUUAGAUAUGUUCUAUUAACAAUUAUUCAAAACAUUAAAAAAAAGAAAAGUACUUUGUAAAAUACAGAGAAAUAUAUUCAUGUACUUUAGUACGCUUGUUCUAUGGACUAAAGUUCCCAUCAUUUCACCUAGGAAAGAUGGAA